GCAGGGAUCUCGUCUCUAGGCGGCUCAUAGUGUCUGCGGGAAUUGAGCAGUUGUGCAAGUGGGGCAGGGCUAGCGUUGGAUGGCUACGCCCAGCGCGUAACCAAGACAGCUAGUCCUCCGGACCAGAUUCCGAGCCGCAGCAAGAAUUGCGUAAUAUGCAAGGACCAACUCUUCUGGAGGCUCCGCCCAGGGCGUGGCCAAGAAGCCCCUGCAUUGGGUAAUGGUACAACAAGGGGGCUGAACUGUGCUGCGGGAUUACGUUAGGCCACGUGACCUAGAGUGGAGCCUAUGACAGAGCAGGAAGAUAGGCGGAGCCCUAGCUGCAAACGGGCAGGGCUCUGGGAGGCGGAGCGUGAGCCGGCAUACCGAGGAAGCACACCCUACAGGCCGCAAGUGUGGGCAUGCUCCGCUGGGCGCGAGCGUGGAGAGUCCCCCGUGGGAGGCUUGGCGCCUCCUUUCUCAGAUGCUUGGCGGUGCCUGUGGUCCACAGCAGCGGCCGCAGUAGUGGCCAAGGAAACGCCGAUCCGAGGCCGCUGCCGCUGUCCUAUAACCUUCUAGAUGGAGACGCGACACUCCCAGCCAUCGUCCUUUUGCACGGACUCUUCGGCAGCAAAACCAACUUCAGCUCCAUAGCCAAAGUGAUGGUCCGGAGGACCGGCAGGAGUGUGUUGACAGUGGAUGCUCGGAACCAUGGUGACAGUCCCCACAGUCCAGAUGCAAGCUAUGAGGCCAUGAGUCAGGACAUUCAGGACCUCCUGUCAAAGCUGAGCCUCGUGCCCUGCGUCCUCAUUGGUCACAGCAUGGGAGGAAAGACAGCCAUGCAUCUGGCACUGCAGAGGCCAGAUGUUGUGGAACGAUUGGUUGCUGUAGACAUAAGCCCGAUAGGAACCACACCUGGAUCAUACAUCGGAAGCUACAUAGCAGCCAUGAAGGCCAUUGAUAUCCCGGAGAACGUGCCGCACUCCCAGGCCCGAAAACUGGUAGAUGAACAACUUAGCUCCACUGUCAAGGACCCAGCCAUUCGGCAGUUCCUGCUCACUAACCUGGUGAGGGUAGACAGACGAUUCUCCUGGAGAGUGAACUUGGAGGCUUUAGCUCAGCACUUGGACAAGAUUCUGACCUUCCCACAACAAUGUGAAUCCUACUUGGGGCCAACUCUCUUUCUCAUUGGUGGAAAUUCUACAUAUGUAAAACCCAGCCACCACUCAGAGAUUAGACGCCUCUUUCCUCAAGCCCAAAUUCAGACCGUGCCUAAUGCUGGCCACUGGGUCCCCAAUGACAAACCCCAAGACUUCAUGGAUGCUAUCAGCAGCUUCUUGGCCUAAGAAGUGACUCUUUGAAAGAGCAGACAGGAAACUCUGGGCUUGGUACCCUUGCAACCUCUCCCUUGCUUCUGCACAGAAAAACUCAGGUGGGCACUAAGAGGGCCCAGGGGUACAGAGGAGGUCCAACCCUUUAAUAAAUAAAGGCAGUUCCGUAAA